GCUGAUGCUGAUUUUUUAAACAAGCCUCUUGAGUACUUUUGGGAGAUGCACACAAUAUUUGGAAGUACCAUGGCUACAGGCAAGUUUGCAAAGGACUCAAGUACACUUCUAGGUACAGAGGAUGAAGGUGCAGAGGAUUGGGAGACUGAGGAAACUGGAAAGAGUAAUGGGGAUGCCAUUGCCAAUGAAAACAACAAUGGGGAAACAUCAUCUGCAAGCAAGACCAGCAAGAUUGGCAAGACCAACAACAACAAGAAGACCAACAAGAGGUCGAGGACUGAUUUUGAUCCAUUGGUUGUUGCAAUUAAUAGAGGAAGUAACAAGAUAGCCAAAGCGAUAAAGGAAGUGGCCAAAUCAGACAAUGAUGUGCCUUCAGAUUUGUUUGACAACUUGAUGACUCUGAAUGGUAGUUUCAAUGAGACUCACUUAUCCUUCUAUGCCCAUUUGGUCUCCCAACCUCACAUAGCUAGAGCUUUCAACAACUUGCCUUUUCACCAUAAAUUAAAUUGGGUUGCAAAGCACAUUGCUGACAACUACCCUGAGCAGUAAGGGUAAGUUGUAGUGGUAGGAUUAAUCUUUUGUUAGUACCACAUACAACUAUAUAUUUGUGGUCUAAGUAAGCUUGUAUCUUGCUAUGUGGAAGCCUUGAACUUGCUAUAUAUUGUGUAAGGCUUGAACUUGAUGCAUCGUGCAAGCAUGAGACUUGGUAAUGUGUGUAAGGUUUGACCUUGAUAUUAUGUCUAAUGUGGCCUAAGACUUGUAUUUGGCUGUUAAGUUGUGGUGCC